AUGGCUUCCGAGCGCAGAAUAAAGUCGCUCAAGUUACGACUUCGUAGCAUCGAGACAUCCUUCAACCUAAUAAGGGUGUUCGUCGAUAACUUCCGAGAAGAAACCCAGGCGAUCGAAGUUCCGGUCCGGCUGGAGAAUCUCGGAGUCCUAUGGGCCGACUUUGGAAAAACUCAGGCCGAGUUAGAGGCCGCAGAAGUUGACGAUCCGGAAGUUAUUGAUCUUCAACUCAAGCAGCGCGCUCAAUUCGAAACGGAAUAUUACCGUGUCAAGGGAUAUUUACUCUCCGUUAAUAAAACCAACUCGCCACCGUGCUCACAAUCUUCUCAGUCCAGUGCGCACUUCCCUGCUUCUUCUCAAAUUCGCCUUCCCGACGUUAAACUUCCUGUAUUCAACGGAACACUUGAGCAUUGGCUAAAUUUUCACGACCUGUUCAUAUCCUUGGUGCAUUCUUCCAGUGAGUUGUCAAACAUACAAAAGUUUUAUUAUCUGCGAUCUUCUUUAGCCGGGGAUGCACUGAAGUUAAUUCAAACGAUUGCGCUUAGCGCCAACAACUAUCCUGUAGCCUGGAAUCUGCUUGUAGAGCAUUUCCAGAAUCCGUCACGUCUCAAGCAAGCUUAUAUCGAUUCUCUGUUUGAAUUUGCCCCUUUGAAAAGAGAAUCAGCAGCCGAUCUUCACUCACUGGUUGAAAAAUUUGAAGCCAAUGUCCGGAUCCUGAAGCAACUAGGUGAAAGAACAGAAUACUGGGAUGUUCUACUGAUCCGCAUGCUGAGUAUUCGUCUUGAUGCCAAAACACGAAGAGAUUGGGAAGAAUUUUCGUCAACACAUGAAGCAACCACAUUUCCGGAUUUGGUCCUUUUCCUCCAAAGAAGGGUUACGGUUCUGCAAAGUGUCAGCAACGUUAAUCUGGACAAUUCGUCCAUUCCUGCUUCGAAAAAACCUGUUUAUCGAUCGUCAGUUGCCAGUAAUGGUGCCACUCAAGUUUCUUUCCGUCAAUGCCAUGCCUGUUCUGAACAUCAUCCGCUCUACCAAUGUUCUGUGUUCACGAAAAUGACCACCGAGGACAAGGAGAAGCUCGUGCGUCGCCAACAGCUGUGUCGAAACUGCCUACGAAAGGGUCAUCAAGCCAGAACCUGUCAAUCCAAGAACACCUGCCGCAAAUGUAGAGGGAAGCACCACAGCCAACUAUGCAGUCAGGACUCCAUUAACCUCGAAUCCAACCGACCGAAAACUGACCUCAACGCCCCCAAAGAUCCCAUCUCCACCGGUGAAGAAUGUUCUUCGUCAUUGUCCGCAGCAGUUCAAAGGCCUCCCACUGGAUUUCGCUCUCAAAAGGUACUCCUUGCAACGGCCGUGAUUAAUCUUGUUGAUGAUUUCGGCAAUACUCAUCCAGCUAGAGCACUCCUCGAUUCUGGGAGUGAGUGCAGUUUUAUCACCGAGGCACUUUCUCAACGACUCAAGGCUCAACGCAACAAAGUGCAUCUAGCAAUCUCUGGCAUCGGCCAGACUUCCGUACAAGCUCGCUGUAAACUUCGGGCCACCAUGCAUUCCCGAGUUACAGAAUACUCCACUGUUGUUGAAUUGUUUGUGUUGCCAAAACUCACGUUAAAUUUACCAUCCACCUCAUUAAACAUCUCCAAAUGGGAUUUGCCAAAGGGAAUUCAAUUAGCUGACCCGGUUUUCUACGAAAGCAAUCAUAUCGACGUAGUUCUGGGGGCCGACAUCUUCUUCGAGCUCUUCAAACCUUCCGGAAGAAUUCCCCUCGGAGAAUCUCUUCCUACUCUGGUGAACUCCGUUCUUGGUUGGGUGGUAUCGGGGAAGGUAUCAAACUUCAAUCGCAUCAGCACCGUUAUCUCCAAUGUCGCAACUGUCGCAGAUGUGCACCGCUUUAUGCAACGUUUUUGGGCCAUAGAAGAGGACGAUUCUGCUUCCUGUUUGUCGGUUGAAGAGGCUGCCUGCGAAAAUCACUUCCGUCAAACAGUUCAACGUAAUUCUGAAGGCCGUUACAUAGUGCGACUUCCUUUAAAAGAGGCUGAUUCAAAAGUAGGUGACAAUCGCUGCAUUGCUCUUCGUCGAUAUCACAUGGUAGAAGCUCGCUUACAACGGAAUAAGGAUCUACGUUCUCAGUAUAAGGACUUCAUGUCGGAAUACCUAACCCUCGGACACAUGCAGCGAAUCGACGAUGCUGAACGCUCCCAUCCACAAUACUAUCUGCCUCAUCACGCGGUUAUUCGUGCCGACAGCUCCACAACCAAGGUGCGAGUCGUUUUUGAUGCGUCUUGCAAGCCUGCGACAGGAAAAUCCCUGAAUGACGUGCUCAUGGUCGGGCCAGUCAUACAGGAUGAUCUACGAGCCAUAAUAUUGAGAACCCGAAUCAACCCAGUGUUACUGAUCGCUGAUAUCAAACAAAUGUACCGCCAAAUUCUGGUUGACGAACGAGAUACUCCGCUCCAACGAAUCCUCUGGAGAAAUUCUCCCGAUGAACCCAUUGACACAUUUGAGCUGAAGACAGUUACCUACGGCACUGCUAGUGCGCCUUUUCUUGCAACAAGAACACUCCAGCAACUGGCCGACGAUGAGAAACUGCAUUUCCCCGAGGGCGCCAAGGUUUUGAGAAAGGACGUGUACGUAGACGACUUGGUAACCAGCGGAGCCGACGUGGUGGUUUCGAAUUCCGGAAAUUCGCAUCGAACGUAG